CUUCCGGCCGACUGAGGCCAACCUCGGGGCUGAGCAGGAGGAAGCUCCCUGCCUGGUCUGAUGGAUUCCUCCCCGAGCCGACCGUGGUGAUGGACCAUGGCACGGAGCUCCCGGGCCGACCCUGAGGGUGGACGGCUCGAAUACCUGCAGGCUCUGGUCACCGAGUUCCAGGAGACCGAGAGCCAAGAAGCCAAGGAGCAGGUCUUAGCCAACCUGGCCAACUUUGCCUACGACCCAAAUAACUACCAGCACCUUCGUCAGCUGCAGGUCCUGGACCUGUUCCUCGACACCCUGAGCGAGGACAGCGACACCCUGGUGGAGUUUGCCAUCGGUGGUCUCUGCAACCUCUGCCCCGACCUAGCCAACAGAGAGCACAUCCUGCAGGCCGGAGGCGUCCAACAGGUCAUCGGCUGCCUGUCCAGCCCGAACGAGGAGACGGUGAUUUCGGCGGUGACCACCCUCAUGUACCUCAGCGGGCCCUGGGCCAGACGGGCGGGCCGGGAGCUGACGGCGGCGGCCCCGGUGGUGGAGUGCAUGCUCCGCUUCUCCCUCUCCGCCAACCGACGGCUCAGCAAUCUGGCUGCCAUCUUCCUCGAGGACUACUGCUCCCCGGAGCAGGUGGAGGAAGCCCGCGGGCUGAGUGGGCACAGUGCCCUGGGCAUCCCGCUGCCCCAAGACUGACGAGGGAGCCGGGGUACGGCCUGCCGGCCUUUGGAGUCAGGGCCCAGCCCCCACCACGGACUUGUGGAGUGAUAGUCGGAAUAAAUGGAGUCAGCCGCUGAGAUGGUCCAGGCCCGGCCCGUCUGUCUCCGUCUGGAUCCCUCCCGUUCCGGGAUCGCACGCUUGCCCGUCCCGUUCCCGGCCGAGAAGCCCCGGCACUCGCUCUAAGGAACCGAUGGCUGCUUUACAAACAGCAACUUCACCUUACUUCCAUUUCUGCCAUCACCCCAACAUCCCUGGGAAGUAGGAAAAAGCAGGAGCAGAGGCCGAAUUCACCUGGAUUCCUCCAACACGAAAGGUCAGAAAGAGAGUCUUCUUCGGAAGGCCACGGUGGCCCGCACAGGGCUGAGCUGACCACGGCCCAGUGUGUGGAUCCAGCGGACGGGCUCCACGGGCCCAGGCCUCAUUCUCCCUCCAGCCCCGGUGCCUUGCUCUACCCCUAACCACAGUAGUGCCGAUUCAAGCCCCAGGCAGACUCCACGGCCGACACUGGACCGACCGCAUGCAGUGACUUUCCUCGCCAGGAGCGCCUCUGCUCUACCCGAGCGGGCCCAGAUCUGGACAAUCCAGGGCAGAAUGUGAACAGAAUGUGGGGGUUACCGAACUGCCUGCCCCCUCCGUGCAGCAAAGAGGGCCUCCCUGUGUCUUUGAGAUCACCGACCGGGUCGAGAUGGGACAGAUGGCCUCCGUGUUCUUCAAUAAAGGUCAGGACGCUCCCUUCCUGCACCACCUUCCCUGAGAUGGUCAGGGGGUCCUUGGCUCCAAGAGUCUGGGAUCUGGAAUGUUUCUGGGUAGCUUCAGGUCUUCCCCUCCUGGCAAACGUGGCCUCUCCCACUUUGUUUCCCCAGGGAACCCUGAUACCAUAGCAA